CUCUCAUGUAAACAGCUGUAGGUGUCUCAGAGGCUGAGAGCAGUGUUCACUGCAGAGCCCUUCAGGGUUUCUUUCCAGCAAUCUGGGAUCUCGGCUCUCCCAAAUUAUUUUAUUCUUCACUCAUCUCCCCUAAAUUUACAGUCAUCCAUUUUUGACAUUCGCCCCAUCUUUUUGCAUUUUUUUUUUUGCAUUUUGGGAUUACACUUUCUAAUUUUUUUGGUCAACAUGGUACAGAAGAAAAGUCUAGAGAUGAAAGGAUUUCACCGUUCCUUUAAGGGUCAAAACCCUUUUGAGAUGGUGGAUUAUGGGAUGGGAUCCAGAAACAUGGCGACUGUAUUUAAUUUCGACUGCUCCACACGCCCUGAUAUGCCAUCGAGUUCCCCGAUCGACAUUCCUGAUGCCAAGAAAAGAACAAAGAAAAAAAAGCGAUGCAGGGCAACAGACAGUUUCUCUGGACGAUUUGAAGAUAUGUACCAACUGCAGGAUGAAGUUCUUGGUGAAGGUGCUUAUGCCAGAGUCCAGAGCUGCAUUAACCUAAUUACCAACAAGGAAUAUGCAGUAAAGAUAAUUGAGAAGAGGCCUGGUCACAGCCGAAAUAGAGUGUUUAGGGAAGUGGAGAUGCUGUACCAAUGUCAAGGGCACAGCAAUGUCCUUGAACUCAUUGAAUUCUUUGAAGAAGAGGAGAGAUUCUACUUGGUGUUUGAGAAGAUGUGUGGUGGUUCCAUAUUGAACCACAUUCACCGACGUAGGCAUUUCAACGAGCGAGAGGCUAGUUUUGUGGUUCGAGAUAUUGCUGGAGCGCUUGAUUAUUUGCACAACAAAGGUAUAGCACACAGAGACUUGAAACCUGAAAACAUUCUUUGUGAAAGUCCACACCAAGUAUCUCCAGUAAAGAUCUGUGAUUUUGAUCUUGGAAGUGGGAUCAAACUAAACAGUGAUUGCUCCCCAAUAUCCACUCCAGAACUGCUCACCCCGUGCGGCUCUGCGGAAUACAUGGCACCAGAGGUGGUGGAGGCAUUUAACGAAGAGGCGUCCAUAUAUGAUAAACGCUGUGAUUUGUGGAGUCUGGGUGUCAUCUUGUACAUUAUGUUGAGCGGAUACCCGCCAUUUGUUGGACAUUGUGGGAGCGAUUGCGGCUGGGACAGGGGUGAAGCCUGCCCUGCAUGUCAGAAUAUGCUCUUUGUCAGUAUCCAGGAAGGAAAGUAUGAGUUUCCAGAAAAAGAUUGGGCUCACAUCUCUUCUGGAGCCAAAGAUCUCAUCUCCAAACUGCUGCUUCGGGAUGCUAAGAAGAGACUGAGUGCUGCUCAGGUGUUACAGCAUCCAUGGGUGCAGGGGUGUGCACCUAAUAAUACACUCCCCACUCCGAUUAUCCUACAAAGGAACAGUAGUGCCAAAGACCUGACGUCAUUUGCAGCUGAAGCCAUCGCAAUGAACCGUCAGUUGAUGGAGCGAGAGGAGGAAGAGAAUGGAGUAGACUCUUCCAAAACCUCAUGUCCCAUCGUAGUCAAAGCUACCUCUUGCUCCAUGCAACUCUCCCCUCCUUCCGAAUCCAAACUGGCCAAGAGGAGACAACAGGGAAGCAAAGGAGGUGUCUCUCCUCCCAGCUUGUCAUCCCUUCUUAUUGCCACGGACUAAGCUACAUCCUUCCCACUUUAUUCUCACCAUGGUCUUGCAUGUGAGUUUGUGACGGGUUACAAGUGGCAGCCUACAGGGGAGGCCCCUAUUUUUAUACUCGUUCUUACUCUGUUGUAGGGUUUCAGCAACCAGUUUGUUGAGAUGUUCCUAUCAAAUCAGCGUUUACCUGAGUGAUCGAGACUUGUGCGUUCAAAACUUUCAGAGGUGCAGUUACUUCUAGUUAAAAAUGAUUUACUACCACGACCCCACCAGCACAUUAUAGUCUUUCAUUUUUUGAAAUGAUAUAUAUGCAUGUGUGUAAUAUACAUACAGUCCUGCAAUUUGUCUGCAAUGCAUUGCAAUCAUAUAUAAUAUAUAUCAUUUUUUUGAAAUAUAUAUUUUGGUCAGAAA